AUGAAGUCUUCGUUGUUCGCCGUGGCUGCCAGUGCUGUACUGGCCACCGCUGGUCCCUUGAAAAUGCGUGCCAUGACGACUGAAUGGGUUACCGAGUACGUUACCGUUACUGUCACCGCAGACGACUCUGAACCUACUCCGGCGAAUCCCGCGGUUUUCGUCGAGACCGAGGUGGUCACUCUUACUCCUUCCGCUCCGCCAAAGAUCAAGCCCACGCCUAUAUCUCCUGAUUUUCCUUCGGUGGAGGUCAAGUCUUCGACUUCAGUUUCUUCACAACCGCCUAAGCCCACUGUGAUUCAGCCCAAACCCGAGAUCCCAACCACGUCUGCCGCUCCCCCUCCUUCUCCCGCGACUACUUCUGCUGCACCUCCUCCCUCGACUACUUCUGCUGCACCUUCCCCGUCGCCUUCGUCCGGCAACUCGGGCAGUUACGCGGACAAAAUGGUCCAAAUACACAACGAGUGCCGUAGCAAGCAUUCCUCUCCGGACCUAAAAUGGGACCAGGGUCUUGCCGAUUCUGCUACAAAGGUUGCCAACACCUGCAUAUUUAAGCAUCAGAUGGAUGUCGAUGGUGGCGGCUAUGGCCAGAAUCUUGCAGCCGCCUCCACCAACGGUGACAGCCAGACCGACUUUGGCGUCAAGGCCGUGGGCGACAUGUGGUACAACGGCGAGGUGGGCAACUACCAGAACCUUUAUGAAACUGGCCCUGGAAACACUCCUCUUGGCGACUAUGGCCACUUCACUCAGGUAGUCUGGAAGGCGACACUGAGUGUCGGUUGUGCAACUGUUAAAUGCCAAGCAGGGACGGCUUUGUCAUUGGAGUCAUGGUAUACUGUCUGCAACUAUAAGGUCCCAGGCAACGUCGUCGCCCAGUACCCAAAAAACGUUCUCGCGCCCAAUUAA